AUGGAGGAUGAGAAGGAGCCAGCUAUGAGGCAAACGGAAAAAGAGAUUUCUGGACAAAAGGCCCAGCAAGUACAAAGAUCCAGAGCUAAGAACAGCUCAGCCUAUUCAAAGCACUGCAAGAAAAUCCGUGCGGCUGCAAACUGCGGUUCUUCCUGUAGCUACCACCUCUCCAUCGAGGUUUAUCCCACAGCUCACAGCCAUCUUGAAAUCACUCCCUGGGGUGAGAGUUACGUGUGUGCAUCAAAUGAACCAUUUCGUAAAGUUGAUUACACCAAAAAUAUUAAUCCGAACUGGUCUGUGAACAUCAAGGGUGGGACAACCCGAACCUUGGCUGCUCCCUCCUCGGUGAAAAGUGAAGUGAAGGAAAGUAAAGAUUUCAUCAAACCCAAAUUAGUGACUGUGAUUCGAAGUGGAGUGAAGCCUAGAAAAGCCGUGCGGAUCCUUCUAAAUAAGAAGACUGCUCAUUCCUUUGAACAGGUGUUGACAGAUAUCACCGAAGCCAUUAAACUGGAUUCAGGAGUGGUCAAGAGGCUCUGCACGCUGGAUGGAAAGCAGGUAAGAGGGUUCCUAGCCCUCGGCUCUCCAUCUCACUGUUAAACUCUCCCUGUAUCAUGGUGGUUACAUAUUUGACAGAAAGAAUUUCAGAGUUUGCUAGAAAUUAUUCGUAUACUUCUACU